GCUCCGCUCCCGGCCGCGCAAGCUGCGCCCAGCGCGCCGGCACCUCCACCCUUCCCUCCCCGCCGCCCCGUGCUGCUGGGGCGGCUGCCCCGGGCUCGCCGCGGUCCGAGGUGCCGGGAAGCGGCGGCUCCGCGUUCCGCCCGCGGAAACUUGGCCCGGCGCGCAGGGAAAGGAUGGAGCCAGGAGAGCCCGCGGCGGCGCCCCUCAACCUGUCCCGAGCCGCGGCAGAGACGCCCCGCGGGGAGUUCAACCUGUCCGGGCUGCCGGAGGCUGAGGGGAAGCCCCUCUUCGGCAUCGGCAUUGAGAACUUCAUCACCUUGAUCGUCUUCGGUUUAAUCUUCACCCUGGGUGUGCUGGGCAACACCCUGGUGAUCACGGUGCUGGCGAGGAGCAAGCCAGGCAAGCGCCGAAGCACCACCAACAUCUUCAUCCUCAACCUGAGCAUUGCCGACCUGGCCUACCUGCUCUUCUGCAUCCCCUUCCAGUCCACAGUCUACGUGCUCCCCACCUGGGUGCUGGGAGCCUUCAUCUGCAAGUUCAUCCACUACUUCUUCACCAUCUCCAUGCUGGUGAGCAUCUUCACACUCUCGGCCAUGUCUGUGGACCGGUACGUGGCCAUCGUGCACUCCCGGCGCUCCUCAGCCUUGCGUGUCCCCCGCAACGCAAUGCUGGGUGUGGGGCUCAUCUGGGCGCUCUCCUUCGCCAUGGCCUCGCCUGUGGCUCACCACCAGCGCAUCUUCCACCGCGAGACCAGCAACCAGACCUUCUGCUGGGAGUUCUGGCCCAACCCACGCCACAAGAAGGUCUACGUGAUUUGCACAUUCGUCUUCGGGUAUCUGCUCCCGCUGCUGCUCAUCUCCUUCUGCUAUGCCAAGGUUCUUAAUCAUCUGCAUAAGAAGUUGAAAAACAUGUCAAAGAAGUCAGAAGCAUCCAAGAAAAAGACAGCACAGACUGUUUUGGUGGUGGUAGUGGUUUUUGGCAUCUCCUGGCUGCCUCAUCAUGUGAUCCAUCUCUGGGCUGAAUUUGGAGUUUUCCCACUGACUCAAGCCUCCUUUCUCUUCAGGGUAACUGCACACUGCCUGGCUUACAGCAAUUCUUCUGUGAAUCCAAUCAUAUAUGCAUUUCUAUCUGAAAAUUUUAGGAAGGCCUACAAACAAGUCUUCAAAUGCCAGAUUGGUAAUGAGUCACUUCUGAAUGAUGCUAAGGAAAAUAAAAGUCGGAUAGAUACACCACCCUCUACCAAUUGUACCCACGUGUGAAUGUUGAGAAGCCUUGUAUGUUGGCUCUUCCUUUAUGUAAACUAAACACCAAGGGAAAAAAAAAGCACAAUGAGCUUUAUCCUGCGUUUAUCUUGAUAAAGCUAAUUGGUAUUUAAUGUACUGAAGUUGCAUUUGUAACCAAAGUUUGUGAAACUCAUAUGAAAGUAACCUGGGCUGAUCCUUUGCAUCAUAGAUACCUUUGUCAAAUAAAGCUCUUGGACUUUCACAGAUAUUUUAGAAAACAAAAUGUUGAGAUGAUAUGUCUGUAUUCUUACUCACUAAGCAUGCAAAGGUACAAGAAGAAGAUGUUGAUGUGGCCGGGUAACUUUCUGACAUCUUACUCCAUGAAAGUGAAAAAUGGAUACAUUUCCUGUCCUACAGAUAAUAAAUACUGAACUACUGGGAUUUCAAAGAGGAGAGCUUUUGUUCUCUCUUCGGAUUGUUUUAACAAUGCCUUUUUUUCCUUUGAAGUAAACCCGGGCUCUGAUUCAGAGUUGGAAUAAGUUGUGUACACCUUGAGGCAAUUGUUUUAGAGAGGAAAUGCUAUCUGUUUAGCUGGUUUUAAUAUGUCUUACUGAGCAAGGAUGGAUUGGUUUUCCACUUCAUUAUGGCUGCCUUACAAGACACAGAACUUUUGUGUACACUGUAUAGGGGCUUUUUAUGGCCUGUGUGUAAUUGUACCAAAAAUGAGGAUUUGUGUCUAACUGAGGGAAGCUUUUCUUCGUGUGCUGCAUGUGCAUGUAUACGUGCGUUUUGUUAACUUCAUAGGCUUUGAGAUGGAGAUACAGUUUUUAAAGUGCAAUGUGUACAUAUGUUUUAAAUUAUUAUGUUUCAUAAAGAAUACAGUUUUAAAAGUGCAAUGUGUACAUAUGUUUUAAAUUAUUAUGUUUCAUAAAGAAUACAGUUUUAAAAGUGCAAUGUAUACAUAUGUUUUAAAUUAUGUUUCAUAAAGAAGCUCUAGACAAUGCUUAAGGAUUUAAAGUUAGCAUUCCCUUAAAGAGCUUGAUAUCAUGUAGUUUUAAACUGAAAAUAUAAAGAAAGUAGCAUUUAAAUUAAUGAAAAGUACAUAAGAUAAAUGGUACAAUUCUGCAAAUUCUUAGAUAAAAUUAGUAGUUUUCACAAUUUUAUAACCUUACUUAUAAUGCCUUUAGGUGGUAAACCACUAAAGAAAUCAUGGAAAAUGAUUAAAAUUAUGUUUAAAUUAUUAAAAUGAUGUUUAAAUGAUUAAAUGAUGUUUAAAAACAUUCCUUUAGCUGGAGUAAGACAUGAUUUUACCUUUUUUUAUUAAUGACCCACAGACUCAUAGAGCAAAUCAAAUUAAAGGAACCUCUGGACAUCCUCUCAAGGCAGGGAUACCCUCGGAGUUGUAUCACUUCCCUGACUAGGCAAAAUCUGAAAAUUUCUAAGGAUGGCAAUUCAACAAUAUAUUUGGAGAACCCUGUGCCAAUCAUCCUCACUAAAAUAUUUUUCCAUAUCCACAGGUGGGAUUUCCCUUGAUGUUUCUUGUGACCAUUGCUUUCUUCCCUUUCACUGUGUACUGAAGCCUUUUCUCUAACUGACUAAUGUGUAAUUUUAAGAUGGCCAUUGAAUUUCCCCUCAGCCUUCCCUUCUGGAACCAUGUGCUGCUUCCCCUCAGCCUCUCCUCAGGUCCCUGGCUGUGUCACUAGCCUUCCACUGCCCUUCCUCCAGCAUAUCCAUCCCUCUCAUGACCUGAGGUGUACAAAACUGAGGAGUGUGCUCUCAGAUGAUUACAGAGCAGGGUAAUUGCUUCUCUUGAUCCUUUGGCUGUUUCUUGCUAAUACAGCCCAAUAUUAUCAUAAUUUAUGGCUGCAAGGAUACAUUGUUGACUUGUAUUUAAUUUCUGCUUUACAAGCCCUCGAGUCCUUUUCUGCAGAUUUGCAUUGAGUCCCAGUACAAGUGUCAGGACCUGGCUUUUGGCUUUCUUGAUCUUCAUGUAUUUGACAGCUGUUUCUUCCAUGUUUCCAGCUUCCCAAGGGCCCUUUGAAUGGUAUGCCUGCUCUCCAGAAUACCUACCACUCCCCUAGGUUCAGUAUUGUGUGCAAAAUUGCUGAGAGUCCUAAAACCUUCUCCUGGUCUUUAAAGGUGCUGAAUAGUGUUGGCCAGAUGCUCUUUCAGAUUAAACUGUCUCCACAGACUUACUUUAAGAAAAAUAAUAAUUCAGAGUGGUGGAAUGCCAAAUAUGGAGAGUUAGCUCACGUAAAAAUAGCUGUAUUUAUGUGUCAGUACUGUCUGCUUGGAAUCAGUAAAAUGUCAAAGA